UGGUACACACACAUCAGAGAGCUCCACAGACUGAACCAUGGAGGAGAGUGAUGGCGUGGCACUGGGGGCGGUACAGUCACAGACACGUUGCGUGAGGUGUGGAGAUGAGCUGGAGUGGUCUGAGGAGAACAGUGCACUGCUGGGCUGCUCCUGCAUCUCCACUGUGAACGAGACUCUGGGCAGUGUGGGGCGGGGCCGCAAGAAGAGCCACUGGGCAGCAGGCCGCGUGGGGGACAUCGACUUCAUGGGCCCCACCAAAACCAGAGGGAGGUUUGUGCGUGUGACGAGCAGCACUAACCCAGUGCAGAUAUACCGCUUGCUGACAGAGGACUGGGGCCUGGCCCCGCCACACCUGGUGGUGGCACUUGUGGGAGGAGAUGAGGUGGCACAAAUGAAGCCCUGGCUCAGAGACACUCUUCGGAAAGGCCUGGUGAAGGCGGCACAGAGCACAGGGGCCUGGAUUCUGACCAAUGGUUUUCGCUUUGGCAUCACUAAACACCUGGGUCAGGCUGUGAGGGACCACUCUCUAGCCAGCACCUCGUCCAAAGUGCGGGUCGUGGCCAUCGGCAUCGCCCCCUGGAACAUGAUCCACAACAGAGAGGCUCUGCUCCAGGCUAAGGGGGAUGAGCCAGCUGCGUACAAGCCCCAGGACCUGCCUCACGGGUCCGUCUACUCUCUGGACAGUAACCACUCCCACUUCGUCCUGGUGGAGGAGGACCCCAAAAAGGCCGGGGCCACCAGUGAGAUGAGGGUCAAACUGCUCAAGCACAUCUCCCUGCAGCGCACUGGAUAUGGAGGCACGGGCAGUUUCGAGAUCCCUGUUCUAUGCCUUCUGGUCCACGGAGAACCCAGGAUCCUAAAGAGGAUGUGUAAAGGCAUCGCAAACUCCACCCCCUGGCUGAUCUUGGCGGGCUCAGGGGGCGUGGCCGACAUCCUGGUCUCACUGAUGAACCGGGGCAGCUGGGAUACAGACAAUGUGCAUGAGCUGCUGCUGGACACCUUCCCUCAGGCCCACCACAGUGCUGACGUCAGCAACUGGGUCAAACUGAUCCGUAAGAUCCUGGACAAUGGCCACCUCCUCACGGUUCAUGACCCUGAGCAGGAGAGCUCUGAGCUGGACACGGUCAUCCUGAAGGCCCUGGUCAAAGCCUGUAAGAGCCAGAGCCAAGAGGCCCAGGACUUCCUGGAUGAGCUGAAGCUGGCUGUGGCCUGGAACAGAGUGGACAUAGCCAAGAGCGACAUAUUCAACGGAGAUGUGGAGUGGAAGGCAUGUGACCUGGAGGAGGUGAUGAUGGACGCUCUCAUCAAUGACAAGCCUGACUUCGUGCGCCUCUUCGUGGACAAUGGGGUGAAUCUGGGUGAGUUCCUGACUUACGGACGUCUGCAGGAGCUGUACUGGUCCAUCCCUGAGAAGAGCCUGCUCUACAACCUCCUGCUGAAGAAGUACGAGGAGAAACAGCUCCUCUUGGGUGCCGCACGCACUAAAGGACCACCCGUGUACCACCCGGCAGACCAGAUUAAACCCCGCUUCACCCUGCUGGAGGUGGCCAAGGUGCUCAAGGACUUCCUUCACGACUCCUGCAAAGGGUUCUACCAGAAGGUCCCUACUGAGAAGCCACCGAAGGGCAGGCUGUUCCACACACAGAAGAACCUGGCUCUGGAGCUGGAGAUGGCCUCAGAGCACCCCUGGAGAGACCUGUUCCUCUGGGCCGUGCUGCAGAACCGACAGGAAAUGGCCAACUACUUCUGGACCAUGGGUCCAGAGGCUGUGGCGGCUGCUCUGGCGGGCUGUAAGAUCCUCAAAGAGAUGGCACGUCUGGAGUCAGAAGCAGAGUCGGCGCGGAGGAUGAAGGAGAACAAGUAUGAGCAGUUUGCCUUAGAUGUGUUUGGAGAGUGCUACUCCAACAGUGAGGACCGUGCCUACGCUCUACUCAUCAGACGGACCCAGUGUUGGAGCAAGUCCACUGUGCUCAACCUGGCAACUGAGGCAGACGCCAAGUCUUUCUUUGCUCAUGAUGGAGUGCAGGCUUUGCUGACGAAGAUUUGGUGGGGCGCCAUGACAACAGACACAGCCAUUUCCAAACUGGUGGUGUCCUUCUUCUGCCCUGCGCUCAUCUGGACCAACCUCAUCAAGUUCAGUGAAGAGGAGCUGGAGGAGACCAAUAAGUGUCAGUUAGUGGAGCUGGACAGUCUGGAUACAGAAAAGGCCCUGCUCCUGACCGAUGAUGAUGACCCUCUAGACUCAUCCCCUGGGGGCCAAGCAGACCAGUCCUGUGCCUAUGUGUGGUGGCGCUUCUUGCUGCGGCGCUGGAAAAGGUUUUGGAGUGCUCCGGUCACUGUGUUUCUGGGGAAUGUCAUCAUGUACUUUGCCUUCCUCGUCCUCUUCACAUACGUGCUGCUGCUGGACUUCAGGCCCCCUCCGCCCUACGGCCCCGGGGCCCAGGAGAUCAUGCUCUACAUCUGGGUGUCCACACUGGUGCUGGAGGAGAUACGGCAGAGCUUCUUCACAGACGAGGAGAUGAACAUCCUGAAGAAGUUUAAGCUGUACUGGGAGGACAAUUGGAACAAGUGUGACAUGGUGGCCAUCUCUCUGUUUGUGGUGGGGGUCUCCUGCAGAAUGAUGAAAAGCACGUAUGAAGCGGGGAGGACAGUCCUGGCCAUAGACUUCAUGGUGUUCACUCUACGUCUCAUCCACAUCUUUGCCAUUCACAAGCAGCUGGGGCCCAAGAUCAUCAUUGUGGAGAGAAUGAUGAAGGAUGUGUUCUUCUUCCUCUUCUUCCUGUGUGUGUGGCUGUUAGCGUACGGCGUAGCGACCCAGGCCCUGCUCCACCCCAACGACCCGCGCAUUGACUGGGUGUUCCGCCGCGCACUUUACCGGCCCUACCUGCACAUCUUCGGACAGAUCCCCCUUGAGGAGAUAGAUGCGGCGCGUAUGCCUGAGAUGAACUGCACUGAUGACACAGAGGAGAUCAUCCAGGGCCUGAGACCGCCCUGUCCAAAUGUCUAUGCUAACUGGCUGGUCAUCCUGCUACUGGUCAUUUAUCUGCUGGUCACCAACGUGCUGCUGCUCAACCUGCUCAUCGCCAUGUUCAGCUACACAUUCCAGGUGGUGCAGGAGCACACGGACAUCUACUGGAAGUUUCAGAGGUACAACCUGAUUGUGGAGUAUCACAGCCGACCUGCCCUGGCCCCACCCUUCAUCAUCAUCAGCCACCUGUCCCAAGUUGUCCUCAGCCUGUGCAAGAAGCCUGAGUCCAAGCAAGAACUUCUGGAGAAGGAGCUGCCUCCUGGCCUGGACCAGAAGCUGAAGACCUGGGAAACAGUGCAGAAAGAGAACUACUUGGCCAAACUGGAGAGGCGGCACUGGGAGAGCAGCGAGGAGAGGCUCAAGAACACUGCAUCCAAGGUGCAGAGUUUGCUGAAAAUCGUUGGUGGUUUCAGAGACCAGGAGAAGCGCCUGGUGUCUGUAGAAACGCAGAUCCGGUACUGUGGAGAGGUGCUGUCCUGGAUGGCGGAGUGCUUUGCUCUGAGCACCUUGAAAUGUGGGAAAGAUGCGCCCAAAGCUCCAUUGAGUUUGACUGGUUCAAAAGAGGGGACAUCCAAAGACAAGGACAAGCCCAGAGAGACUGAGGACCCAGAAGGGGCACACGGAGCAGCCAAGCUCCCGUACAUCGAUGAGUAG